GUUUCCUUUUCCAUUUUCAUUUCUGUGUUUGCUUGAACUUUCCAGAAUUCUCUCCAGCGAAACGCUCCAGCUUGAAGACUCAGUACGCCGAAUCAACUUCGCAAUACUUUCAGGUAAAAUGGUUUCAUUGAGAGAACUUACAGAGCAACGAGGUAACCAGGGCAGAGAAGGAGAAGAGGAAGGGAUUUUGUCAGUGGAGCCUAUCACGAUGAUAGUGCCGCCUGAGUUGCAGGAUUUGCCGGAAACGAUGGCGUCUGAGGGAAGCACCAGUUCGAGCACUGGGGAUGAUGGUGGCGACCUUACUAUUGCGUCUUCUAGCAGCUCGUCUAUUGAAGAGACACCCAGCCGUGAAGAAGGGAUGGGGGAUGUGGUGAGCAGUGUCUCAGAUCGGCUGGUGGUUGGGGAAUGGGAAGGCGUGACAAUCCCGGGCAGGUUAAGUAACCUACGAAAAGCACCGAAGGACCUGCCCGCUGGAUUCAGGUUCAAGGCUGCACUUCAUCAUGAAGUAGCAGACUGUGCGCCCUCCAUAAGUGGGUAUAAAAGACUCGAGGAGAUGGUGAGGGCGUACCACAUCCCCAAGACCAUAUUGCUGCGGACAGGCGGGCAGAACGAAAAGGCGUGCACAGUGUCGCAAACGGGCUGGAUACCAGUGUAUGCGGACCACUUUGAUGCCGACCUGCGGUUUCCCCUACCCGGCCUGAUAUUCGAUCUGCUCGCGGAUUACGAGCUGGCGUUGACGCAGCUAAUGCCCAACAGCAUAAGGUUCAUCAUAGGCUUUAUGCUGUUGUGCGCGAGAUUGGAGGUACCAGCUAAAGCGAUAAUGUUCAGGUCGCUAUUCCAAUGCCGGUUGUGUCCGAACUCACGAGGAGCGAAGUGGUACUACCUCUCUGGGAGGGAUAAGAGCCAGCUCUUCAAAAAUGUGAGGAACAAGGUAGCGAGGUGGAAGAGACAGUUUAUUUUUGUUCGCUACACACGAGCAGAAAGGAUAAGCAACGACCUCGCUGCUCGGCUGUCUGAGUGGCGCACCCCCAACGCUCAUAUCAACUAUCCUCAGCUACUGCCCUGGGAUGUCGAUCUGAAGAACCAGCUGCUUGAGUAUGCGCAGAGGGAGGGUCUAAUAGAUCUAGAAGCCCUGGUUACCUCGGAGCAUCUCGUCGUGUUCGGGUUUGUCGAUGUGACAAACCUGUUCAGCGAAGGUAUGUUUUUAUCAUAUAGCACUAGUUCUAGCCGGGCUGAGUCUUAUGCGUUUUUCUGUGUAGGAGACAUGAGCAGCAUCUUGGAAUGCCAACGACAGCGAGCCCAAGGCUCACGAGGUCGUGCGUCUGGCAGCGCACAACCCCGGCAGACAAGGUUUGACGAGCGGCCACCCCGGCGCCUCAAUCACGCGGCUCGUCACACCGGGGAUCCCGCUCGUCGUCAAGGCCGAGCCGAUCACAGGCUGAGGCUGCGGCGCCUGCUUGCCAUGGUGCAAGCCAUGCACGGCUUUGUGCCCCCCGCAGACAGUAAGCGGGCAAAAGCAUUUGUGCAGCAGCAUGGCGGGCAGGUCGCCAUGAUCAAGCUAAUGGAUGCAUUCAGCUACGCUGUAGCACUGUACGAGAGCGAGCAUGGGGCUCAUACAAAGAACAGCGAGCUCGGUUCCAAGUGUAAACAGCUGGCCGCGGAAAAGGCUAGCCUUGUGGACGAUGUGAAUCGUCUGCAAGGCGCCGAAAUGGCAAACCGAGCUGCGAUUGCAGAGAGCCGGGCGGACGAGCUCGCCCAUAGGAUCAACGAGCUCAAGGAGGAGCUAGAGCGAGUCCGUGCCCAAAAAGAAAGCGGGAUUCAAGCGUCAAAGGACGAGGUCGCUCGAGUUGAAGAGCGGGCUAAGAGGGCUGAGGGCGAGAGGGACCGUGCUCAAACCGAGCUGGGUUCCUUAAAGUUCCAGAUCACUGAGGCUGACAAGAACCUCAGUGCUACCGAGGAGGCGUUGAACGAUCUGAAGGCAUCUCAUGCGCGCUCUGUUGUGGCGGUGGCGUCUGCAAACGUAACCACGGAGAUCUACAACGAGAUUCGUGGGAAGGUGCUGCACCACCGCCCAGAUUUUCCAAUCCGCGAGCUAGUGUUCUUUGACGAGGAGGAGCUUGACGAACAUGGGCGUGCCCGUCUGGCCGCUAGCGUACUGGAGGACGGGGAGGAUCCAGUAGGGCUGCCCUCAUUCGACGCAUGGGUAGAGAGUGCUCCUGUAGCUGAGCAGGAACCCUCAAGCACUCCACCCAGCUCUCAGCCCGCCCGAGUACCAGUGAGCUCUCCUGUCAAUGCGCCAGCUCCCGAGCCCGCUGCUCGUUCGCCUGUAGCUCGCUCCCCUCUGCCCGCAGCUGACGCGUCCAUGCCCGUUGAUUUAACGGACGAUUAGUUUUAGGAGUUUUUGUUUCAUUCUUUUGUAUUUUUGUUUUGGCAUUUUUGUAUUUGAUCAAUAGAUCCAUAUCAUUUGUACUUCUAAUGUAACAUCGUUGAUGAAAUACAAAAAUGAAUUUUCC